CAUGGCGAACGGCUGCGGCCUUUUGAACUUUGAUAUAAUCCAAAAGCAGUACUUACAAAUGGCUCCGUUGAAAUUUUUUAUUUGGAAAGCACUUGAGCAGGCAAGUCUCGACUUGGAAAAACAGAGAAAAAUCCUGUGCAUGACUUAUUUCUUCACCGCAGAAUCAUCACAUGCUCCUUCAGUAUCAUACCAAAGAUUGUUUCUAAAACACAUGCUGAAGUCAUGUGAGGAGAAUUGCAUUGAGAUCGCUGAUGAACUUUAUGAAGCCUACGGUGAUGUGUGUGGUAAAGCAGAACACUUGGAUAACAAGUGCUUUAAAACAUAUGUUCUGCCAUGCGGAGCCCUGUUAACCCUUGAAGAAACUCAACAGUUUAUCUCCAAAGGAACAACAGGACUUAGCAGUUGGAUGGCAGGAGAAUACCUUGCUGAGUGGGUACUAGAGAACCCCUCCACAUUUCAAGACAGAUGCAUCAUAGAGCUGGGCUGCGGUACUGGACUUACUGGACUUUCUAUUUGCUCCAUGAGUUCACCAAGCCAGUACAUAUUCAGUGACUGUCAUAAUGAAGUGUUCAAAGCACUUAAAUGCAACCUUGAACUGAAUGGAUUUGUCAUGAGCCAAACAGACAAUGAAUUACUAUAUUGCGAUUGCAAAAGGACUCGUGAACCUCACACAGAGAGUGACAUGCACAAACAACAUAAAGAAUUGGCUCUCAAGAGUCAAGAUAAUCAUGACUACUCAGAUCACAGUUAUGCAGCUUCUCAGCAUGACUCUAAAUUGACUACCAGAAAGGAAAUAGCUGUACAAAAGUUUGACCAAAUAUCACAUUGUAUGGAAUGUUUAUCUGACUAUUCUGAAAAUGGAGAUAUUCAUGACCUGUCAAGUUGUACUACAGACUUCAUUGCUCGCUAUUUAAGACAUCCUUCAAGUAAGAUAAGGCACUUAAAUGAAGACUGUGCAAAUCAUUCUUGGGACACUCAAGUUGACAUUUGUAAAUUAGACUGGACAACUUUAAAGAAGAGUGAUUUAAGGAGGUUUUCAACUGGGAUCAUUUUAGCUGCUGAUGUUGUUUAUGACACUGAAUUGACUCCAGCAUUAGUGAAAGCUUUGCACAUGCUGUUAAAUACCUGUGGUGAUAAAAGGGGGAAGCCUGUUGCUUUCAUUGCUUCAACCAUCAGGAAUCUGCAAACUUAUGAAUUGUUCCUUAAUUGCCUUUAUGAACACAGGAUUUGCUACAGUGAAGUAACCAAGCCAAUCAAUCAAGUUUUUUAUUAUGACCAGAGUUGUGAAAUUAAAAUUAUCAAGCUUGAAGUUUAAUAUUUAAUGUACUUUAAUUGUGUUAUUCCUUAGACAAAAUAAUGUAACAGCUUUCGUUUGUUCAAAAGCUAUCCAUACUAUAUUUUAGUUUACACAGUGGUUUUGAAAGUUUUACCACACAAUACAAUUUUACAUUUAAACAAUACCAGUUAACAUAAUGUUAGAAAAGUUAUUAAAUACGUGGUACUUUUUAGGUCAUUCUUACAAGUAAAACUCAAAUUCAGAAGAAGUCAGAUGAAACCAGACUGUCAUUCAAAUGAAAACAAUUAAUUAAUUUAUUCUGGCCCUUGUUUCUAACUGAUGUAGUCGAAAAUCUCAGUCCAAGAGGUCAAAGAGGUUUGUAACCUAGAUCAUGUAGUGAAAUAGCCAAACAUUUUAUAUAAUUACUGAUCCCAAUGAAAUUCUAUUGUUCUCUCUCUGCAUUAAAUCAAUGAUUGUAGUCUUUA